AUGUUAUCUGAAGAAACAAGAACAAUCGUCAAGGCCACCAUUCCUGUUUUGGAAGCUCAAGGUGCUGUCAUCACCAAACAUUUUUACGCUAAAAUGUUAGGUAGUAACGAAGAGUUAUUGAAUAUUUUCAACAUGGUUAAUCAGAAGAAGGGCGCUCAACCAACUGCUUUAGCCACUACAAUUUUAGCUGCUGCCAAACAUAUCGAUGAUCUAUCUCCAUUAAUUGGCCACGUUAAACAAAUUGGUCACAAGCAUCGUGCUUUACAAAUUAUGCCAGAACAUUACCCAAUUGUUGGUAAGAACUUAUUGCUGGCUAUUAAAGAUGUUCUAGGUGAUGCUGCUACUCCAGAAAUCAUUUCUGCCUGGGGUGAAGCUUACGAAGAAAUCGCUAACGUCUUCAUAACUGUUGAAGCUGAUAUGUAUAAGGAAGCGGCUUGGGAAUCUUGGAAACCUUUUGAAGUUAUCUCUAAGGCUGAAGUUGGUGAUGGUAUCUGCGAAUUUACCGUCAAACCUACAAAGGAAUCUGGUGUUGACUUAUCUACUCUAAAGGUAAUUGCAGGUCAAUAUAUUACUGUUAACACUCAUCCAACUAGACAUGACAAUAAAUACGAUGCUUUACGUCAUUAUUCUAUCUGUUCCAACUCUACCAAAGAUGGUUUAAAAUUUGCCGUUAAAUUAGAACACACUCCUGGUAAAGAUAUUGGUUUAGUAUCUGAAUUUUUACACAAGGAUGUCAAGGCUGGUGAUAACUUAUUGAUAUCUGCCCCAGCAGGUGAUUUCCAAUUGAAUGAAAAAUUAAUUAAGCAAAAUGAAACUCCAUUAGUUCUACUUGCCGCUGGUGUUGGUGUCACUCCGCUAUUAAGUAUGUUAGAAACUCAAGUCAAUGAAAACCCAUCUAGACCAGUAUACUGGAUCCAAUCUUCAAGAGAUGAAACCAAGCAGGCUUUCAAAAAUCAUGUUGAUGAAUUAUUAACCAAAACUAAUACUGCUGAAAAAUUAAUUGUUCACACUAAAGACCAAGCUAGAAUAGAUGCUGAGUACCUAAAGAAGAACGUUCCAAAGAAUUCCGAUGUUUACAUUUGUGGUUCUGUUGACUUUAUGAAAUCCAUGAUUGGUUAUUUAAAGAAUAUCGAACAUGAUGAAGCAUUCAUUCAUUACGAACCAUUUGGUCCAAAGAUGUCAACUAUCCAAGUUUAA